CCCCCACAGAAACGCUAAUGGACUCCACUACAGCGACGGCUGAGCUGGGCUGGAUGGUGCAUCCUCCAUCAGGGUGGGAAGAGGUGAGUGGCUACGAUGAGAACAUGAACACGAUCCGCACGUACCAGGUGUGCAACGUGUUUGAGUCAAGCCAGAACAAUUGGCUACGGACCAAGUUUAUCCGGCGCCGUGGCGCCCACCGCAUCCACGUGGAGAUGAAGUUUUCGGUGCGUGACUGCAGCAGCAUCCCCAGCGUGCCUGGCUCCUGCAAGGAGACCUUCAACCUCUAUUACUAUGAGGCUGACUUUGACUCAGCCACCAAGACCUUCCCCAACUGGAUGGAGAAUCCAUGGGUGAAGGUGGAUACCAUUGCAGCCGAUGAGAGCUUCUCCCAGGUGGACCUGGGUGGCCGCGUCAUGAAAAUCAACACCGAGGUACGGAGUUUUGGACCUGUGUCCCGCAGCGGCUUCUACCUGGCCUUCCAGGACUAUGGCGGCUGCAUGUCCCUCAUCGCCGUGCGUGUCUUCUACCGCAAGUGCCCCCGCAUCAUCCAGAAUGGCGCCAUCUUCCAGGAAACCCUGUCGGGAGCUGAGAGCACAUCGCUGGUGGCUGCUCGGGGCAGCUGCAUCGCCAAUGCGGAAGAGGUGGAUGUGCCCAUCAAGCUCUACUGUAACGGGGACGGCGAGUGGCUGGUGCCCAUCGGGCGCUGCAUGUGCAAAGCAGGCUUCGAGGCCGUUGAGAAUGGCACCGUCUGCCGAGGUUGUCCAUCUGGAACUUUCAAGGCCAACCAAGGAGACAAGGCCUGUACCCACUGUCCCAUCAACAGCCGGACCACUUCUGAAGGGGCCACCAACUGUGUCUGCCGCAAUGGCUACUACAGAGCAGACCUGGAUCCCCUGGACAUGCCCUGCACAACCAUCCCCUCUGCGCCCCAGGCUGUGAUUUCCAGUGUCAAUGAGACCUCCCUCAUGCUGGAGUGGACCCCUCCCCGCGACUCUGGAGGCCGAGAGGACCUCGUCUACAACAUCAUCUGCAAGAGCUGUGGCUCGGGCCGGGGCGCCUGCACCCGCUGCGGGGACAACGUGCAGUACGCACCGCGCCAGCUGGGCCUGACCGAGCCACGCAUUUACAUCAGUGACCUGCUGGCCCACACCCAGUACACCUUCGAGAUCCAGGCCGUGAAUGGCGUUACUGACCAGAGCCCCUUCUCGCCUCAGUUCGCCUCUGUGAACAUCACCACCAACCAGGCAGCUCCGUCGGCCGUGUCCAUCAUGCAUCAGGUGAGCCGCACCGUGGACAGCAUUACCCUGUCGUGGUCCCAGCCAGACCAGCCCAAUGGCGUGAUUCUGGACUAUGAGCUGCAGUACUAUGAGAAGGAGCUCAGUGAGUACAACGCCACAGCCAUAAAAAGCCCCACCAACACGGUCACCGUGCAGGGCCUCAAAGCCGGCGCCAUCUAUGUCUUCCAGGUGCGGGCACGCACCGUGGCAGGCUAUGGGCGCUACAGCGGCAAGAUGUACUUCCAGACCAUGACAGAAGCCGAGUACCAGACAAGCAUCCAGGAGAAGUUACCACUCAUCAUUGGCUCCUCAGCCGCUGGCCUGGUCUUCCUCAUCGCUGUGGUUGUCAUCGCCAUCGUGUGUAACAGAAGACGGGGGUUUGAGCGUGCCGACUCGGAGUACACGGACAAGCUGCAGCACUACACCAGUGGCCACAUGACCCCAGGCAUGAAGAUCUACAUCGACCCUUUCACCUAUGAGGACCCCAACGAGGCAGUCCGGGAAUUUGCCAAGGAAAUUGACAUCUCCUGUGUCAAAAUUGAGCAGGUGAUCGGAGCAGGGGAGUUUGGAGAGGUCUGCAGUGGCCACCUGAAACUGCCAGGCAAGAGAGAGAUCUUUGUGGCCAUCAAGACGCUCAAGUCAGGCUACACGGAGAAACAGCGCCGGGACUUCCUGAGCGAAGCCUCCAUCAUGGGCCAGUUCGACCAUCCCAACGUCAUCCACCUGGAGGGUGUCGUGACCAAGAGCACGCCUGUGAUGAUCAUCACUGAGUUCAUGGAGAAUGGCUCCCUGGAUUCCUUUCUCCGGCAAAACGAUGGGCAGUUCACAGUCAUCCAGCUGGUGGGCGUGCUUCGGGGCAUCGCAGCCGGCAUGAAGUACCUGGCAGACAUGAACUAUGUGCACCGUGACCUGGCUGCCCGCAACAUCCUCGUCAACAGCAACCUGGUCUGCAAGGUGUCGGACUUCGGGCUCUCACGCUUUCUAGAGGACGAUACCUCAGAUCCCACCUACACCAGCGCCCUGGGCGGAAAGAUCCCCAUUCGCUGGACAGCCCCGGAAGCCAUCCAGUACCGGAAGUUCACCUCGGCCAGUGAUGUGUGGAGCUAUGGCAUCGUUAUGUGGGAGGUGAUGUCCUACGGGGAGCGGCCCUACUGGGACAUGACCAACCAGGAUGUAAUCAAUGCCAUUGAGCAGGACUAUCGGCUGCCGCCGCCCAUGGACUGCCCAAGCGCCCUGCACCAACUCAUGCUGGACUGUUGGCAGAAGGACCGCAACCACCGGCCCAAAUUCGGCCAAAUUGUCAACACGCUAGACAAGAUGAUCCGCAAUCCCAACAGCCUCAAAGCCAUGGCGCCCCUCUCCUCUGGCAUCAACCUGCCGCUGCUGGACCGCACGAUCCCCGACUACACCAGCUUUAACACGGUGGACGAGUGGCUGGAGGCCAUCAAGAUGGGGCAGUACAAGGAGAGCUUCGCCAAUGCUGGCUUCACCUCCUUUGACGUCGUGUCUCAGAUGAUGAUGGAGGACAUUCUCCGGGUUGGGGUCACUUUGGCUGGCCACCAGAAAAAAAUCCUGAACAGUAUCCAGGUGAUGCGGGCGCAGAUGAACCAGAUUCAGUCUGUGGAGGUUUGACAUUCACCUGCCUCGGCUCACCUCUUCCUCCAAGCCCCGUCCCCUCUGCCCCACGUGCGCCGGCCCUCCUGGUGCUUCAUCCACUGCAGGGCCAGCCACCCGCCAGGAGGCCACGGGCCACGGGAAGAACCAAGCGGCACCAGCCACGAGACAUCACCAAGAAAACAUGCAACUCAAGCGACGGAAAUAAAAAGGGAAUGGGAAAAAAGAAAACAGAUCCUGGGAGGGGGCGGGAAAUACAAGGAAUAUUUUUUAAAGAGGAUUCUCAUAAGGAAAGCAAUGACUGUUCUUGUGGGGGGAUAAAAAAGGGCUUGGGAGAUUCAUGCGAUGUGUCCAAUCGGACACCAAAAGCAGUUUCUCUCCAACUCCCUCUGGGAAGGUGACCUGGCCAGAGCCAAGAAACACUUUCAGAAAAACAAAUGUGAAGGGGAGAGACAGGGGCCACCCUUGGCUCCUGUCCCUGAUGCUCCUCUAGGCCUCAGUCAACAACCAAGUGCCUGGAGGACAGGACAGAUGGACAGGCAGCCACCCCAGGAACCCCUCUGGGAAAAUCUAUUCCCGCCACCACUGGGCAAACAGAAGAAUUUUUCUGUCUUUGGCGAAUAUUUUAGAAACUCCAAUGAAAGACACCGUUUCUCCUGUCGGCUCAUGGGGCUGAAAGGGGCUUCUGUCCUUCUGGGUCAGGGAGAACGCGGGGACGCCAGAAAGGUCAGCCUUCCUGAGGAUGCCGCCCCCGGGUCUGCAGCUCCAGGUACUAUCACGCGCACAGCCCGGCGGCCCGACCCGCCUGGUGCCCGCUCCCGCCAGCCCCCGCCUCAAGGACUGAUACUGCAGUGACUGCCGUCAGCUCCAACUGCCGCUGAGAAGGGUUGAUCCUGCAUCUGGGUUUGUUUACAGCAAUUUGUGGACUCGGGGGUAUUUUGGUCAGGGUGGUUUUGGUUUAGGGGAUUUGUUUGUUGGGUUGUUUUUGUUUUUUGUUUUUUUUUUAAUGACAAUGAAGUGACACUUUGACAUUUCCUACCUUUUGAGGACUUGAUCCUUCUCCAGGAAGAAGGUGCUUUCUGCUUACUGACUUAGGCAAUACACCAAGGGCAAGAUUUUAUAUGCACAUUUCUGGAUUUUUUAUACCGUUUUCAUUGACACUCUUCCCUCCUCCUACCUGCCACCAGGCCUCACCAAAGCCAACUGCCACGGGGCCAUCUGGGCCAUUCAGAGACUGGAGUGAGAUUUGGGUGUGGAGGGGGAGGCGCCAAGGUGAAGGAGCCUUCCACUCCAGGACUGUUGACGGAAGUGACAGAUUGAGGAGGAAGUGGGCUCUGAGGCUGCAGGACUGGAAGUCCUUGCCCACUUCCCACUCUCCUGCCCCAAUCGAUCUAGUACUUCCCAGGCAAACAGGCCCCUUUGAGGCUCCUGAGUGCCCUCAGACGGCCAAAACCCAGUUUUGCCUCUGGGAGCCUAAACCAGGCUGCAUCGGAGGCCAGGACCCGGAUCAUUCACUGUGAUACCCUGCCCUCCAGAGGGUGCGCUCAGAGACGCGGGCAAGCAUGCUCCUUCCCUUCCCUGGAGAGAAAGUGUGUGAUUUCUCUCCCACCUCCUUCCCCCCACCAGACCUUUGCUGGGCCUAAAGGUCUUGGCCAUGGGGAAGCCCUCAGCCAGGGAUCUGGCCACAGACUCCCUCCUGUGAGCCAACGCAGACACCCGAGCAGAGCAAUCAGUUAGUGCAUUGAAUGGAAAUAAACACUUUAGUUAUAACAUGA